UUCUCUUGGGUUCCCACCUAGGAGCAGAACUGCUGAGUUGCAGGACGCUGAGAUUUGGCUGUCGUUUCCCCAGGUUUUGUUUCUGUUCCCACCAGCAGCGCGUGAGGGUUUCUCUGUCUUCAUUUCCCUGCGUCCUUUCCUAUGGGUCUCUGUCUAGCGCCCUCCGUGUCUCCCUCAGUCCCAUCCUCCCCGGGUCGGUCCUCAGCUUCCCCUACCCCCACCCCCAUGAGCUUUGACUUGCAUGUCACAGGGAGGGUCCACUCCCUCACCCAGACCUCCUCCUCCUUCCCCACAGGACCCCACCACCCCUCAUGGCUCCCCUGGCUUUGGUGGGGGUCGCUCUCCUCCUGGGGGCUCCCCCAUGCUCAGGGGCGGCCACCCCCACCCCCUCCCUGCCACCUCCCCCGGCCAAUGACAGUGAUACCGGCACAGGGGGCUGCCAGGGCUCCAACCGCUGCCAGCCAGGGGUCCUGCUGCCCGUCUGGGAGCCCGAUGACCCAUCUCUGGGCGACAAGGCGGCACGGGCAGUGGUCUACUUUGUGGCCAUGGUCUACAUGUUCCUGGGAGUGUCCAUCAUCGCUGACCGCUUCAUGGCAUCCAUCGAGGUCAUCACGUCGAAGGAGAAGGAGAUUACCAUUACCAAGGCCAACGGCGAGACCAGCGUGGGCACCGUGCGCAUCUGGAACGAAACUGUGUCCAAUCUCACGCUCAUGGCCCUGGGCUCCUCGGCGCCCGAAAUCCUGCUGUCGGUCAUCGAGGUCUGCGGCCACAACUUCCAGGCGGGUGAGCUGGGCCCGGGCACCAUCGUGGGCAGCGCCGCCUUCAACAUGUUCGUGGUCAUUGCCGUGUGCAUCUACGUCAUCCCGGCCGGCGAGAGCCGCAAGAUCAAGCACCUGAGGGUCUUCUUCGUCACCGCCUCCUGGAGCAUCUUCGCCUACGUGUGGCUUUAUCUCAUCCUCGCCGUCUUCUCCCCGGGUGUGGUCCAGGUGUGGGAGGCGCUGCUGACGCUGGUCUUCUUCCCGGUGUGCGUGGUGUUCGCCUGGAUGGCCGACAAGCGGCUGCUCUUCUACAAGUACGUGUACAAGCGCUACCGCACCGACCCGCGCAGCGGCAUCAUCAUCGGCGCCGAGGGCGACCCGCCCAAGAGCAUCGAGCUGGACGGCACGUUCGUGGGGGCCACCCCGGCCGACGGCCCCGGCGAGGACGAGGAUGACGGCGCCAGCCGCAUCUUCUUCGAGCCCAGCCUCUACCACUGCCUGGAGAACUGUGGCUCGGUGCUGCUGUCGGUCACCUGCCAGGGCGGCGAGGGCAACAGCACCUUCUACGUGGACUACCGCACAGAGGACGGCUCCGCCAAGGCCGGCUCCGACUACCAGCACAGCGAGGGCACGCUGGUGUUCAAGCCGGGUGAGACGCAGAAGGAGCUGCGCAUUGGCAUCAUUGACGACGACAUCUUCGAGGAGGACGAGCACUUCUUCGUGCGGUUGCUGAACCUGCGUGUGGGCGACGCGCAGGGCAUGUUCGAGCCCGACGGCGGCGGGCGGCCCAAGGGGCGGCUGGUGGCGCCGCUGCUGGCCACCGUCACCAUCCUGGACGACGACCACGCGGGCAUCUUCUCCUUCCAGGACCGCCUGCUGCACGUGAGCGAGUGCAUGGGCACCGUGGACGUGCGCGUCAUACGCAGCUCGGGCGCGCGUGGCACCGUGCGCCUGCCCUACCGCACGGUGGACGGCACGGCACGCGGCGGCGGCGUGCACUACGAGGACGCGUGCGGCGAGCUGGAGUUCGGCGACGACGAGACCAUGAAAACGCUCCAGGUGAAGAUAGUGGAUGAUGAGGAAUAUGAGAAGAAGGAUAAUUUCUUUAUCGAGUUGGGCCAGCCCCAGUGGCUUAAGCGAGGGAUUUCAGCUCUGCUUCUCAAUCAAGGAGACGAGGACGGGAAACUGAGCGUGGAGGAGGAGGAGGCUCGGAGGAUAGCAGAGAUGGGCAAGCCGGUUCUUGGAGAGAACUGCCGACUGGAGGUCAUCAUUGAGGAGUCCUACGACUUUAAGAACACGGUGGAUAAACUCAUCAAGAAAACGAACUUGGCUUUGGUGAUUGGGACCCAUUCGUGGAGGGAACAGUUUUUAGAGGCAAUUACGGUGAGCGCAGGGGACGAGGAGGAGGAGGAGGACGGGUCUCGGGAGGAGCGCCUCCCAUCGUGCUUCGACUACGUGAUGCACUUCCUGACGGUGUUCUGGAAGGUGCUGUUCGCCUGCGUGCCCCCCACCGAGUACUGCCAUGGCUGGGCCUGCUUUGGCGUCUGCAUCCUGGUCAUCGGCCUGCUCACUGCCCUCAUCGGGGACUUGGCCUCCCACUUCGGCUGCACUGUUGGCCUCAAGGACUCCGUCAACGCCGUGGUCUUUGUGGCCCUGGGCACCUCCAUCCCUGACACGUUCGCCAGCAAGGUGGCGGCGCUGCAGGACCAGUGCGCGGACGCGUCCAUCGGCAACGUGACCGGCUCCAACGCGGUGAACGUGUUCCUGGGCCUGGGCGUGGCCUGGUCGGUGGCCGCUGUGUACUGGGCCGUGCAGGGCCGCCCCUUCGAGGUGCGCACCGGCACGCUGGCCUUUUCCGUCACGCUCUUCACCGUCUUCGCCUUCGUGGGCAUCGCCGUGCUGCUGUACCGGCGCCGGCCGCACAUCGGCGGCGAGCUGGGCGGCCCGCGCGGACCCAAGCUCGCCACCACCGCGCUCUUCCUGGGCCUCUGGUUCCUCUACAUCCUCUUCGCCAGCCUGGAGGCUUACUGCCACAUCCGGGGCUUCUAGGGCCUCCACAGAGACCCGGUCUCCCCUGGGACUGGAGCUCCUGCUCCUGGACUGUCUUCCUCCAGACUUGGCCUCCUCUCUGGGGCCCAGCCUCCCCCUGAGGUUCAGCCUCCUUUCCCCUGGGAUCUGAUACCCACUCCCCGCCUCCUGCCCCAUCUGUCCCCGGGAGCUCAGCCUCCUCCCCCCACAGGAGCCUCGCCAGUGCCCCCACACAGCGGGAGCAACCCCUGUGGACCCCCAGCUCCGGCUCCCUGUUAGUUGCCAUCUACUCCCCUGGGGAGAUUUCCACCUCCAGACCGCUCCCCGGACAACCACCCAGAGUGGCCGUUCCUCCAGCCCAGCCUGGCUCUGGCCCUGUCUCCCCACCGCUCGCCACCCCCUACACCUGCGCCCCAGGGCCUCAGAGCUGGAGACCCUGGGAAGGAGGCUCAGCGCCCCAGGACAGCAAAGGUCUGCCCCCCAGCCCUCAGGGAGCUCUGUUCAGACCCCGGGGAGGAACAGGUGGGUGUGUGCAUAAGGGGGGUGCACACCUUUUUUCCUGGUUUCAGGCUCCUGGGAAGACACUGAUUUUCGAGGCUGGGAGGAGGGAGGGGAGAAGUCUGGGGUUUCCGUCCCAACGUGAACUGGAGGAGGCACAUUCUGAACCCGCAACUUUCACAUUCCAGCGCCCCCACUCGCCCUCCACUACCUCUGAGAGCCCAGCCGCGCCUUGGAGGGAGGGACCUGUGCGUGUACAUAGUGUGUUUGGGGGAGGGGGGACACGGGAGGGUGCAUGUCUUGGGGAGGGGGCGUGACAGACUUCCUUUGCGAGGGCAGCAGACUCCCUCAGCCAUGAGAAUCCGCUUCGGGGAGGAGGCUGGGAAUCAGAGGGGCCAGCCUAUCUCUCCUGACAAUCUAGAAGGUUCAUUCUGCCCUCAGUGCCAGCCAAUCCGGGCAGGACCCUCGAAGAGAAGACCGAGGGUCCCAGAGGACCAAUGCUACAAGCCAGCAAAUGCUGCCACAUCUUUGCCUGC